AUGAACAAUGGAUUUCGCACUUUUGUUGAUGGUUUCAAUGCAAAUUUUGCAAAUGUCAUGGUAGAAGAGAAUUUACGAGAAAAAAUGACUUCAGAAAGAAUGAAAGAUGUGCUUGCUGAGCUAAUGAACCUUAGUUUUCCUAGUGGUGAUGUAUUCAAAGCAGCUAAUAUAUUCACUGUAGAUAAGGACAAGAUUGAUGUGUUGUUCAAUCUUCCUUUAGAGUUGCGAAGGAACUACGUGGUAAUGACAAUAGCUAAUCUUCUUAUUUUCAAGUUAAAAAGCUCUUUGCAAAAGAAGUUCCAGAUGAACAUUGAGAAACUGCCCAGAUUCAGCAAAUCAAUUUAUGGCGCCACCUUUGAUGGAGGUUCUCCUGUCAGCGAUGGUGGCGCCUCGCUACCCCAGUGCGAUCUUGUUCCUCUGCCCGAAGGGCAUCUCUCUUGGCGGCUGAAUGCGUCGAAGGCGAAUUGGCGAGAUCGAAAAGAUCUGCAGAGAUGUGCUACCGGUGAGCUGCGCCUGCUUUCACAAUGUUCACAAAAUAGGAACGUGAUUGCAGAUUGUGGAGUUGUAAACUUACUGGUCGGCUUGCUUCAUUCAUCGGACCCUGCGACUCAAGUGAAUGCAGUGACGGUGCUACUGAAUUUGUCGAUCGAUGACAGAAACAAGAUCUCCAUUGCAAAUUAUGCUAAUGCCAUAGUUUCCCUGAUAGAUGUGCUUAUAAGAUCGGGCAUCCCUGAAGCAAAAGAGAAUUCUGCGGCAACAUUGAGUAGUCUCGCGAAAAUCGAGGAGAACCGAGUUCAGAUAGGCGAGUCCGGUGCUAUCGGCCCUCUGGUAGAAUUGCUCGCGAAUGGAACUCCACGAGGAAAGGAAGAUGCAGUGACGGCGCUCUAUAAUCUGUCGAAAUGCCGUGCCAACAUGGUUAGGAUCGCGCAGUCUGGAGCAGUAGCCCAUUUGGUCGGCCUUAUAGACCAUGCUGCAGCUGGCUUGGUCGACAAGGCCGUGACCAUUUUAGCAAAUCUCGCAACUACGUCAGAAGCAAGAAUUGCAAUAGGGCAAGAUGGGGUAUCAGCACUGGUGGAUGUUGUUGAACUGGGAUCUUCCCGUGGAAAGGAAAAUGCCGCCGCAGCUUUGCUUCAACUAUGCAGGAGUAGCAGUAAAUAUUGCCGUGUAGUUCUGCAACAAGGUGGUGUGCCGUCGCUGGUAGCAUUGUCGCGUUGUGGCACGCCACGAGCUAAAGAAAAGGCUACGUCUCUGCUAAAUUAUUUUCAAAAGCAACGAGAAGCUUAUGCUGGGGAUAAGUGAUACAUCAUACUUCACAUUACUUCAUUCUUUUCUCGUCGCAGUGUUGAUGUAAAGAGUAAAGUGUUCAUCCUGUACGAGAUCACAGUUAGGUUUUUUUUUUUUCAAUUUAUUUUAUCUGUUGAGAAAAUUGUUAGGGCGAAAUGGACUUGGAAUGAAUCAUUCCAUGAUUCCAUUCAGACAUCAAAAUGGACGGGAUAUUAUGAUCUACUGAUGAUUUCUUUUCAUC